AUUCAGCCUAGGUUCUCUGCACCUUCUGCACUUUUUCACGGUGCGCUGCACCUCGGUCCUCGAUUCCCGAAGGUACAGCGGCGCCCCCUGCACCACCGUCCUCGAUUGUGGCGGGUGCAGGUAAGGUGCUGCCGCGGUGCCGCGAACCCUUGAACCUCCCAGCACGAGGGUGCAGCAUUUUGGGUGCAGCCACGCAACCCGCUCCCCGCGCAUGCUUUGCAGACAGCAGACGACAACGCGACCAGCAGACGACAAAUAUGCCGGUGGUCGCGGACAUCGACGGUGUCCAGACCGAAAUUUUCCCCAUCGUGGACGAGUUUGGAGUCAUCGUCUUUGACGGCGAUGCCGAACUCUACACUACCGCAGAUGGGAGACAACUGCGGGUAGUUUGUGCGUCGGGUCGUCUUGCCAAUGCUGACCCGACAAACGAGCAUGCCAUGCAGGCUAUGCCUACAACGCAGCCAACACCGCCAAACCAUGCUGAGCCGACGACGCAGGCGUCCGCUGCUGCAGCUGCUGCGCUUUCUCCGGGUCGUGCGCGUCGCGACGACUCGGAAGAAGCUCUAUGGAACGGUCGGAGGACCCGAUUUUUGAUUGAAAAAUAUAAGGAGAAUUUCAGAAACAUUGGCAAAAAGGGAGGACUGAAGUGAGGCAGUGAUGAGCACGU